CUGUGCGUAAUUACCUUGCGUCAAACGUAACGUAUUUUGCGGAAGAGAAAAAGUAAAUACUAUUCAGUCAACCAAAGAGCUAUUUCUGGAAAGACACCGUGAAGAGAAGUGUCCAUCAUGCUUGGUGGUGGAUUCAAAGCAGAGAGACUUCGAGUCAAUCUCAGACUGGUAAUCAACCGCUUAAAACUCCUGGAGAAGAAGAAGACUGAACUAGCACAGAAGGCUCGUAAGGAGAUAGCAGAUUACCUGUCCUCAGGUAAGGAUGAGCGAGCACGGAUCCGGGUGGAGCACAUCAUCAGAGAGGACUACCUGGUGGAGGCCAUGGAGAUCCUGGAGCUGUACUGUGACCUGCUGCUCACCCGAUUCGGUCUCAUCCAGUCCAUGAAAGAGCUGGACCCUGGUCUGCAGGAGGCAGUGUCAACGCUCAUCUGGGCCGCCCCACGGCUGCAGGCUGAGGUCUCCGAGCUGAAGAUCGUGUCUGAUCAGCUGUGUGCAAAGUACAGCAAGGAGUACGGCAAGCUGUGUAGGACAAACCAGAUUGGAACCGUCAACGACAGGCUGAUGCACAAGUUGGGCGUGGAGGCCCCUCCCAAGAUCCUGGUGGAGCGCUACCUCAUUGAAAUUGCUAAGAACUACAACGUUCCGUAUGAACCGGACGCCAUGGUCAGGCCCGAGGCCUGCGUGGGCGAGGAGGCUGACCUCAUAGACGUGAACAACGACAGCAAGAAGCCGGGGGGUGGCGGAGGAGGGGGCGGUGGCGGGGGCUUCACUGCCCCCCCAGGUGCCAUGCCUAUGCCCAUGCCCAUCGGCUUCAACUACCCAACUCCAAAAGGAGCAGAACCCUUCAGCGGCCCUAUGGGCACCUACGACGGCUUCUCCAACUUUCAGCCUCCUGCCAGGGGAGGCCUGCCCCCCCAGCUGCCCAGCUGCCCCCCCACCUACGAGUCCAUUGAUGACCUGGCUGUCAAACCCUCUGUUCCUCAGGUUUUUGGUCCCGGCGGCCCCUCCCAGCUGAACGACGGACUCCCCGAGCUCCCGUCCGUCCCGGACACGCUCCCCCCCUCCUCCUUCGGCGCAGGCUCCGCCCCCUCCGAAGACAUAGACUUCGACGACCUGUCGAAGCGCUUCGAGGAGCUGAAGAAGAAGACUUAAUCCUUCUGGCGCCACCUCUCUCUUCUGCUCUCGUCGCUAUAGUUACCGGGAAGGGUUGGGAUAAACAAAACCCUGGUGAAUUUGGUAUAUAUGAACUCUGUUUCUCUGAAGAUUUUGUCACUGUGCACUCCUUACAGACCACAAUGUUACCUUGCCUUGUGUAAAAACACCAUGGGAUACUCCUGUCUACUGGGGAGGUUCAGAGCACAUUCUGUAAAAUUACCUUGCAUACAAAGCAAAUCACUUCACUGCCCUUAAGCUCUUGAAAGUGAAGGAAUUUGUUUUUGUUUUUUUUACACUAAGACUUUUAAUUGUCAAUACCCAAACCUUUGUAGAAAGCUCCUUUUAUGGUAGCAUGCAACCAAAAUCAGUUUUUCUAUUUUAUUUUGUUUCUGUUGUUUUUUUAAAAAAUACAAGCACUUUGGAUUUAUGUUGACCUUUUUGAUGGCAUCUACUGCACCGGGCGGUGCUGUCUACCAUAGGCAUGAGGCUAAAGUUAGCAUGCCUGGGUACUUAAAGACUGCAGAAGUCAGGAUGCACAUUAGCACGGUUUGCAGAAAAUAAUCUUAUAAUACUAACAUAGAAUAUCGGCCCUGUGGAGCACACUUGACCAGCUUAGGGAGCCUCGCCCCCUGAGAAUGUCUUGAAGUGCCAGUGUUUGUCCAGAAGGGGUCACUGUAUUUACUCCAGCUCUAGCUGAAGUUUUUUUUCUUUUCCUUUUUUUUUUGUCCGUUACCAUGACUCAUUAGAUUUUCUUCCUUCCAUUCUACCCUCAUUUUAUUAAUAGGGGGGUCACAUCAUUAUAUUUGUCUUAUGAAGGGCUGUCACAGGAAAGGGCUUGAAAUUUGGGAAAGACAUGCAUAUUUAAACUUAUUAAUAAACGGAAGAAAACAA